AUGAUCAACCUCUUCAGCACCUUGCUCUCUCUGAGCGCGAUGCUUUUUGAAUUAUCAUCUGCAUCUCGCUGCUCACCAUCCGUCAUUCAAACGCCUAAACUAGUCGGGGCUUCUAUCCUUCAAAUACAAGCCCAGGAAAUCCACAACUACUCUGCAACUAGCCUUGGACCUGGAAGAAACGACGUCGGCCGAUACAACAUCAGCUUCUGCAACGUGACAGUUACACACACUCAUCCUGACUGGAAUGACACGAUCCACACUGAAAUCUGGCUUCCACUUAAAGGAUGGAAUGGCAGGUUUCAAGGCCUGGGUGGUGGAGGAUACAGCACAGGUUUUGGCUCCAUCUACCUCACAUACGCAGUCGCUCAAGGAUUUGCAUCUGCCUCCACGGAUGGAGGGCUGGGUACAGGUUUUGGCACGUCCACCAUUCCUACGGAUCUCUCGUGGGCCCUGAGUAGUGUGGGUAACGUCAACUGGGGCCUUCUCGAUAAUUACGCGACUAAAGCAACAAACGAUAUGGCUAUUAUUGGACAACAGAUCACGAAAUCCUACUACAAACAGCGCCCCAAAUAUUCCUACUUUGCGGGAUGUUCUGGUGGUGGGCGGCAGGCACUGAUGAUGGCGCAAAAAUACCCAGACGUAUUCGAUGGCAUUCUUGCUGUGGCCCCCGCUAUAAAUUUACAGAGAUUUAUACCUGCGGGCUAUUGGGCUUCUCAAGUCAUGCACGAUACUGGCACUUAUCCGGCACCGUGUGAGAUCAGCGCUUUCACCGAGGCAGCGACAAGGGCUUGUGACAGGCUAGAUGGUGUGGAGGAUGGCAUCAUCAGUUCUCCGGGACUCUGUGAGAUCAAGGCUUCUGAUUUUGUUGGGAAGAACUAUUCUUGUCAUGGGGUCCGACAUACCUUUACUGCUUCCAGCGCAAAGGUAAUCCAAGCUGCAUGGUCUGGUUCAAAGCUGGUGUCUAAGCAGUACGGCUGGCAUGGACUCAAUAAGGACGCGCAGAUCAGCGGUUACUAUGUGUCUACUUCGUGUUCUAAUAACGGAACUUGCCAUGCGACAGAAAGUGACCUCUUUGGUAGCUACUUUAAGUAUCUUGUCGCUAAGGAUCCCACAUUCGCUACCAACAGCAUGACUGAGAAGCAGUUUUUUGACGCCUUGCAUACUUCUAUCAGCGACUAUACAUCUAUGAUUGGCAACAAUGACCCAGAUCUCUCUAAUUUCAAGGGUUCUGGUGGGAAAAUGAUCACUUGGCAUGGACUAGCGGAUGAAGUUAUCCCUCCAAACGGAACCAUUGAAUACUACGAAAACUUGCUGAAGGGCGACCCCAAUGCCCACAGCUUUUCUCGUUUCUUUGAAGCACCUGGUGUUGGACACUGCUUUGGUGGACUCGGGCCAGUCCCAAAUGGAGCAAUGUCUCAGCUGGUUGACUGGGUAGAGAACGGCCAUGCCCCUGCUGUUUUGCACGCUACGAAAGGCAGCAACAAUACAGCAAGAGACCUUUGCCCAUAUCCUCUUCGCCAAGGGUAUAUUGGAGGAGACUCCAGAAACGCAACAUCUUUUACUUGUAUUGGAUAA